CCCUUAGUUGUAAAUUUGCUAAAUUGUUUCAGCGUACAUACUUCAAUGCUUGGAUAUAAAACUGAUCGUUAGACGUUAGCAAAUCUAGUAACCAUGGACGAAAGCAAGCUAUUUGUCCGCACAAUCGAGAGAAAUGACGGGCAGGAAAUAAACAUCAAUCAGUGUGAAGUAGGUGAUGUAGGUUGCGUGGUUUGGGAUGCUGCUAUUGUUUUGGCAAAAUACUUUGAGACCCCAGACUUCGAAAAUGGACACGCGUGGAGAAAUAAAUGUGUUGUUGAACUUGGAGCAGGUACUGGGGUGGUAGGACUAUUGGUGGCAAGUUACGGUGCUAAGACUAUUAUGACUGACCUGGCAGAGUUUGUUCCAUUAAUUGAGUACAAUAUAGACUUCAACAAAACCUUGUUUCAAAUGGAAGCUUCAGCAAAAACUUUGAAAUGGGGUGAGCCAACGGUUGAUACACCAGAAUACAGAAAUAUAGAUGUGGUCAUUGUGGCUGACUGCAUUUACUACGAUGAGUCCCUGGAACCCCUGGUGAACACCAUGUAUGACCUAUGUUCUAAAGACACGUUUGUAUACUGCUGUUAUGAGGAGCGGACCACAGGCAACAAACCUGAGCUACAGAGGAGAUUCAUGCAGUUAUCAUCUGAGAAGUUUGAAAUUGAGGAAAUACCUAUGAGUCAACAAGACCCAGUGUUCUGCAGCAAAGACAUUCACAUCCUUAAAAUGACCUUAAAGCCUUUGGAUACCUGAUUCCUUUGAAAUGCAGAAGAAUGGAGUUUAUGUAAUAACUAUGUGUCAAGGGUUUAUGGCCACAAAAAUGUAUAAUCUCAAACAUAGUAUCAGCUUAAAGUAUUGACAGAUUAGAAUGUUUGAGCUUUGGUACUUAUUACAUAAGUUGAUAAAGAUUCAAACUAUGAAAGAGCUUACAAAUGGUCAAAGUUAUGGGGCCAGGUUACAACAAGCUGAAAUUGUCUGGAAAAAAAUCGGUGGCAUUCAGAUGGAAGUCAGGUUCAGAAAAUUUGGGAGGAAAAUAAGAAAUGUUUACACAUAUGUGAGCAGGAUGGAUGAACUUUCCUAGUUUACAACAAAUAAAUUGAAAACUAAUUGGUGGACUUAAGGUUGGGAAACAGGAAAUUAAUAUGGUCACAUAUCCGAGCAUGAAAUAUUAUCUUUCCUAACAUUGUUAUUCUUGUUCAAAAGCUAACACUUUUAGAUGGAAUCUUGUGGCAUAAACAAUUUUUCCUGCAGGAUGCCUGUGUGUGUGCUGUCAUUAAAAACUGGCAUUUUCCUGACAGUCAUAGAUAAUCUUGCUGUUGAUAAAACCAUCUUCAGAUAUAAUUGUGUAAAAGGGUCAUAUAUGUUGUGUAUUAUGUUUACAUGUUUUAUGAAAUAAAUACAACUUGAUUUAGGAUGUUAUAAAUCAAUAAUCAAUCAUUCUGAGUUCUUUUGCAUGGGAAUGAUAAUAUAUUUUGAAUUCUGUUUUUGUAUUCUAGUUUGUUUGUCUUUGCAAAUCUGUUUUAUAUGUUAUUUCCAUUUUAAGCUUCAUCAUGCAAAAAACGGUUCUUAUGCAAUAUAGCCAGCAUAGCUCCACAUCUGACUGCGCAUCAGCGCUGUCUGGUCAGGAGCUAACCUUUGAACUAUAAAGUCACGAACAGUUUCAUGGUCUCGUAACAAGACCGGGUAGGUUGAGACCAAACCGCGCAGAUGCGCACACUGAUCGGAGCUAUGUAGGCCAUUUAUGGCAUAGCACCAAUUUUGCAAGACGCUGCUCAUUUGAAUUUAUCGUAAUAAGACUGUUAAUUUUUUAAAGUGAUUGAUCCAUAUACACUGCUGUCACUGUGAUAAAUUUGCCGUAUUGAAUUUAAGAUCUCUUAUUUCAAACAGGAUGUUAGACUGAAUUUUAACUAUUCAUUUAAUGAAGCUAAUAUAAAGAUUUGUGUGUGCUCUUUUGAAAUACAAAUACAUGGCACUUAAAGGCCUUGUCUAAGGAACAUUAAUCCUUUGCCCAUGUUUUAUUCCAGUAUGAAUUGCAGUUAUAAUACACAGUUUAUGUGCCACUAAAAAAUCGCUUAAUCAUAAUCUUUCCUCUCAGCCGACCAAGAAAUGGCUGUGCAGGAUUUUAAUAAUUAGCUUAUUAUGCCCCCCUUCGAAGAAGAGGGGGUAUAUUGCUUUGCUCAUGUCGGUCGGUCGGUCGGUAUGUCGAUCUGUCCACCAGGUGGUUUCCGGAUGAUAACUCAAGAACGCUUGGGGCUAGGAUCAUGAAACUUCAUAGGUACAUUGAUCAUGACCCGCAGAUGACCCCUAUUGAUUUUGAGGUCACUAGGUCAAAGGUCAAGGUCACAGGUGAAGGUCACAGUUACUGGAAAUAGGCAUUAUAAAUUUAUAAGGAUUUAGCAUGGUUCAAACAAGGGAAAAAACUACGGUUUAUGCAUGUUCUUUUUAUUACAGAUUUGCCUCCCUAUAAUUCUUUCAAAAUCUCAUUUUACAGCUGAGAUUCCAAAUCUGACCUGUAAAUGAGCCCCAUAUUUACUGCCAGUGCUAGGUUACCUUUUCCCAUUUGAUCAUUCUUAAGUAUUGGUAUUGUAAUGCUGCUACUGCUGCUGCUACUGCUACUGCUACUACUACUACUACUACUACUACUACUUCUACUACUACUACUACUACUACUAAUACUACUACUACUACUACUACUACUACUACUACUACUACUACUACUACUACUACUACUACUACUACUACUACUACUACUACUACUACUACUACUACUACUACUACUACUACUACUACUACUACUACUACUACUACUACUACUACUACUACUACUACUACUACUACUUCUACUACUACUACUACUACUACUACUACUACUACUACUACUACUACUACUACUACUACUACUACUACUACUACUACUACUACUACUACUACUACUACUACUACUACUACUACUACUACUACUACUACUACUACUACUACUACUACUACUACUACUACCACUGCUACCACCACUACCACCACCACCACCACCACCACAAAAAACGUAUUCACACAAUGGCUGCUACUACAACUUAUAGCCCAUAUAGGGGGGCAUGCAUGUUUUACAAACAGCCCUUGUUUAUUUCAGAAUUAUAUUGGGAUGUUCUGUAUUUAUUAGUGUUAUUGUUAUUAUCAUUAUAAUUAUUGUUAUAAUUAUUAUUAUCAUUAUUAUUGAUUAUUUAUGGUAAAAAAAACAUUUGCUGCUACUAUUUUACUGAACAAGAUUGUUUAAUUCUGUACUCAGUAUUUUGCUUUCCAUAAUAGUUUGCAUCAGACAAUUAGUGUACUAAAACAAAAACCUGUUAUGAAAAUUAAUUUUAAAAUGUGAAAUGGACUUUGAUGUAUGUCCGUUUGACAUGCCUCAUUUUGCUGUUCAUUGGACCUAAUUGUGAUGAUGCUCUUUUUAUAUGCUACCGGUAAUUAAUGAUAUUUGUAUUGUUAUUCAAAACAAGGAAAACAAUGUGGUCAGUGUAUGUACAUGGUUAUAUUAACCCUUUGCAUGCUGGGAAAUUUGUCGUCUGCUAAAAUGUUGUCUAAUUCGGUUACAGCACUGAAAGAGUUAAAGAAUAUUUAUGUUAAUUUUGUUUAAUUUGAUGGUAGGGAGAAAAAGCCCCAUAUAGUGUUCAUAUAUUUUAUUUUUUAGCAUAUUUCAUACUUUUUACCAGUUUCUCCGGCGUCAAUAAGCAUCACUUUAUGAUGUGUGUACUCACAAUAUACAGAAUAUUAAGUAGAAUAUAUAGAAGCCCUAUCCACAAUAAGAGAAAUUUAACUCUUUCAGUGCUGGAACCGAAUUUGAAAGCCUUUGCAAACAGUUUGGAUCCAGAUGAGACGCCACAGAACGUGGCGUCUCAUCAGGAUCCAAACUGUUUGCUAUUCUGAUAGUAUUCUUUGAAAAAAAAUCGAAGAAAAUGCUAAUUUUAAAAAUUCAGCAGACGACAUUUUAGCAGACAACAAAUUUCCCAGCAUGCAAAGGGUUAAGAUGUAUACGUGUGUCCAAUCUUCAGUUGUGGACAUGUUUAAAAGUAAGCGAUAGCUGUAGCCCAACGAAAUUAUGAUAUACCGGUUCAUACAUAAACUUAAACAAUACCGAACAGUUACUAACUGGAAUCAUUGUCGUAUAAGAAAAGAUGAAGAACAAAUGGAUGGGGUUUAAAAAAGCACAAAAGUGGCCUGUCGUAUAUUGCGUUUAGUACACAUACCAUCCAAAAAUUUAACUAUUUUGUUUUUAUAAAUAGCCGGGUGACCGAAAUUAUUAUUUUAGAGAACACAUAUUACUUAAAGUACUAAGUAUUGGUUUAACUAAUAAGCAUUAGUAAUUUGGGAACAAACAUUUUUCUAAAAAGUCUAUUUUGCAACAUAUAGCAAUAAUGAUAUCUAAUAAAUUAACAAAUAACUAUACCAUUUUUUUAUAUAGUUUCAACAAAACAAACAUAUACUGGACUUGUUAUGAUGCAAAGAAUAGAUAUACUGUCCUAUCCGAUAUGAUUCCAUACAAUCAAACUAAUGCGAAUCCGGCAUGCUGUUGAACUGCUUUUGGUGUUUAUUAGAGUUCGUUCCAUAAUUGUUUUGUAUUAAUUUCCUAAUAUAUACAAAAAACAAUGCCAUCAUUCCAAAUUAUUCCGUCAAUUGACGUUUGUCCCUUGCAUAAUGAAUCAUACACGAAGCUAUAUUUUCACCAUUUCGCACUCUGAUUUAUAGUGUUCAUGUGUUUUUUAACCCAUUUGUGCCUAGUGCACUCUCCCAUCCUUCUAAAUUGGAUCAAUUUGUUUCCAAAAUAAGGGAUGCCUAGUAUAUUUAUUUCUAUAUUUAGAAUAUUUCUUUCAGAAAUUCCUUUAAGCAAACAGCGCAGACCCUGAUGAGACGCCGCAUCAUGCGGCAUCUCAUCUGGGUCUACGCUGUUUGCCAAGGCCUUUUUUCUUGACACUAGGCAUAAAUGGGUUAAUCUAUGACCAAACGUUUACAAAUUAUCAUUUCGACAAUCUGUCAACAAGUAAUAUUUAUCCAGUGGCCUUAUAAGGCGGUCAAUGUCUGUAGAUUAGUUUCCAUCUUUAAAUGGUCGGAAAAGGGCACUUAACAGUUAGUCACUGUUUUACAUUUAUCAUCAAUAUCUAUCAAUUCCUUUCAUUAAGCGUUCAGCGAAUAAUAGUGAUGUAUUUAAUUGAUUAAAUGAUUACAAAUUUGUGGAGUAAAGUUUGACAAGGAUUAGACAUUUGUUUUUGUAGAUUUAAACAAAAUUAACAUGUUGCGGAAAUUACUGAUAUACAGUGUUUUAUGUAUCGGGUUCGUUCACCAGUGCACGGCGCUGGCAUGUUACAACUGUUCCUCACACACGUUGCCAGGAGACUGCGGAGACACCUUCCGGCUCCAGGCCAACAACAAAACCUACAUCCACGAGGAAUGCGAAUCCUGUGUCAAAAUCUACACAAAAGCAACUAAACUUUACGAGCGGAAGUGCAAACCCAAACGUCCCGACGGCUUCAACUUUACUGUCGGCUGCAAAUAUGACAACGAACGCAUCACGUGUCACUGUCACGAUAACUUGUGCAACGUGGCGGCUCGUGAUUUUAUGAGCUUUGCCCAUUUGUGUGUUUCUUGUGUGAUUUUAUUGUUUUCGAGUCUAUCCAAAUGAUCAUUCUUAAGAGCUCUACACGAUCCACAAACUUCACGCCGCAUCGGCAUUUCACAAAAUAACAAAUAAAAAAGAAAAAAAUGACUGCCUUUCAAUCAAUUGAUUAGAGUGUACGAACGCUUGAUAUUUUUAUUAGCAAUUUUGUUUGGUGAUUUUCCAUAAACGAUAUGAUAUUUAUAAUUUGAAUUUAAAAAGAUCUGCAGGUUCAGGUAGCAUUCAGAUACGUUUUGAAUAAAUUGCAUGUAAACAUAAUACUUAGUUUUCAAAAAAAGGAAUUGUGACGAUGAUAGCAAAAAAGUGUUUGGCGAAAAUGUGUUCCAAUUCUUUAGCUUUCUAGUAGUACAAAGAUUUCGUAUAAGUGAAAUUUAGUGACAAAUAAUAGGAUGAAUGUCUAAUCAAUUUUUUUACAAUAAUGUACCAUUGCACGAUGGAGCAGUAUAAGAAUCAAAAUUGUUGUUAUGUGUCUUGUUCUGUGAAAAUUUAGGCAAAAUGCAUGUGCGUAAAGUGUCGUCCCAGAUUAGCCUGUGCAGUCCGUCAGGGACUGACACUUUCCGCUUUAAUGGUAAUUUUCGUUUAAAGGGAGUCCCUUUUAACCGAAAAUCUAGUUUAAGCGGAAAGUGUCGUUCCUGAUUAGCCUGUGCGGAAUGCACAGGUUAAUCUGGGACGACACUUUACGCACAUGCAUCAUGCCCAGUUUUCUCAGAACAAGACACUUUAUGUUGCUAAUUUUAUAUAGUAUUUCUUUCUAUUUUUGUUUAUUGUUAAUUUUGAUUAAAACUUCAUCACACUU